AUGGCUGGAGUUGGGAAUUUGGAACUAUUUGAUUUAAAUCAGCCAAUGGUCAACGUAUAUGGCGCGUCAAAAGGCAGCAUUCCCCACAUUUUCCGGAGCGUCACUCUACGACCUCUUGCCGUCACCAACCAUUUUUUACCACGUUCAUCCGAAAUUGCGGCAUAUUAUCAUUUUCACAAACGUGAUCAAUAUCCGGACGAGUCUGUCAGCAAUUACAUCGCAGCAUUGCGCCCAUUGGCAGUGGACUGCAACUUCGGUGCGGCGCUCGACCGCAUGCUUCGCGACCGUUUUGUGUGUGGCAUGAAGGACGAAGGACUGCAGAAAAGCCUACUGGCAGGAAAGGAUCUAACAGUGCAAAAGGUUAUCGAACGUGCACUUUCGAAUGAAGCAGCAGCCAUCAGUGCCAUGGCUAUGAGGCCCCCCAGCGAACCAGUUUAUGCUGUCAACGAGAAUCGUUUUCGUCCCCGAACAAAAAACGCCAUCAACAGUAACCAGCAGCUGUCAUGUAAUGGUUGUGGUAGAUCACACCCUCGUUCAAUGCGGAAAAAAUCAUAUCGUCAAGAGAAUGUCAAUAAGAUCACACCCUUGGUCAAUCAGAAGAGGUCGAUCUCAGCUACGAUUAAUGGCAGCACAUGUAUUUUUGAAGUGGAUUCUGGGUCGCCUGUGACCAUCAUGACGGAAUCUACGUUCAAUAGCGUCUGGUCCAACAGAAAGCCAGAUCUUUCCAAGUGUGAUCUGGAUCUUAGCGAUUACCAACACAACCACAUCCCAGUCAAGGGGAUCAUUGAUAUGUCAAUUUAUCACAACCGCCGUAAAAUUAAGAACUUGCCGCUAAUCAUCGCAAGCAGUGGUGGCUCUAAUCUUUUUGGUUGUAACUGUUUUGAUGCACUGGGUAAACGUAUAGAAGGAGACUUUGGCAUCAACAGUGGUUUCAGCAUCAAAGCCAUCCUGAAGAAACACGAUCACUUGUUCUCAACAGAUUUUGGUCGCUACACAGGACUACCAGUGCCAUUACAAAUCGAUUCGGCAGUUCCGCCCGUGAGACUGCCUCCACGCCGUAUACCCUUCGCCACCGUUAGCACGCUUUUGGCUUCGAUUGAAGGUGGAUCGAUUUAUGCAAAAAUAGAUUUGACACAAGCAUACCAACAGCUCGUGGUUGAUGGGCGUUCGUCACUACUGCAAACCGUGUCAAUGCAUAAAGACGCAUUUAAGGUAACCAGGCGGCAGUUUGGCAUCUCAUCAGCGCCCGGUAUAUUCCAAAGCUGCAUCGAAAACAUUUUGCAAAGCAUUCCUGGUGUCCUGCCGUACUUUGAUGACAUCGUGGUCAUGGGUAAGUCGGAAGAUGAGCUCGCAAAUAGACUGGAACAAAUAUUUGUACGCUUCGACAAGGCCGGACUACGUUCGCGCAAGGACAAGUGCCAAUUUAGUAUGCCAUCUAUCGAACUUUUAGGGUUUAAACUAGACAAUCUCGGUAUACGACCCUCACCUGCCAAGAUCAAGGCCACUCAUGAAGCACCAUCGCCAAAGAACAAGAAGCAACUCCAAGCGUUUCUGAGUUUACUCAACUUUUAUCACGCCUUUUUACCCAACAAAGCAACAAUCGCUGAGCCGUUGCACCGCUUGCUCGACAAAAGUGCUUUAUGGACUAUGAAAGAGCAACACAAAAUAGUUUUCAAUACGCGUAAGAGGCUGAUUGCAUCAAAGAAUGGGCUGAUUCAUUAA